GGGCUCUUGGGCUUUCGAUGGAUUCUGUGUAUAAAAGAGCCAAAGUUCUGCCACCCCAAUAUCCCUCCCCUCACCAGUCACCACCAAUAUUUUUCCCCCUUCAAUGGAAAAUGAUCAGAAGGAAUUGCAACUACUUCCCACAUCUUCAUCAUCUCUCAAAUCCAGAUCUACCGGGGCCCAUCGAAGUCGCUCGUUCGAUCGGCCACCACCAGUAGACCUUCAAUUGUCAAUGAGUUCGAGGCCAAUUAGGCCACCAUCGGAUCGCGGUCAAUCGAGGUACCAAGCGGCGGAGUGUGACAGUGGUGUGGAGGCGACGAGGUGGCAGGCGGCAGAGCAGAUCCGGAUGGCGGGGGUGGAGAAGGCGUACGCGGAGCGAGUGAGGGAGAUGACGAGGAGGGAGAUGGAGCUGGCUCAGUCGGAGUUCGCGCGUGCAAGGCACGUUUGGGAGAGUGCCCGAGAGGAAGUUGAAAGGGCUGAGAGGAUGAAGGAGAGGGCGAUUCAAAGGGUGGAUGGUUCUUCAACGUGCAUGGAGAUCACUUGCCACUCUUGUAGCCAAAAGUUUCGUCCUAAUUAAAUGAAUAAUUAAUGUUCAUAGCGUUUGAGUUGAUGAAAUGUGUAAGUUAGGGACUGAUUUGGAAUUAAUCAGGAAAUCUCGAAGGAAAUAAUUUUCACAC